AUGCUCUGCCCUCUCCUCAUCCUCGUCCUCGCCCUCGCGGCCAGCACCUUCGUCUCCGCCCGCCCUUCAUCCUCAGCGCCCGCACCAGCUCCCCGUCGCCUGGGCCCAUCCCUCAGCGAAUUCCUCGGCUCCCUCGCGAAGCCAGCCGAAGAAGAAACGAAACGCCAGACUUCAUACGAUGCCACCACGGUGGAAAUGUGCACGGGAACUCAGUUCACCGGGCAGUGCUAUAACGCCACCUGGCCGACGGACGAGUGUAUCGACCUGAAGGGGUAG